AGGCACCUUAUUUCGUUUAACGAAGGGAAUGGGUGGCUUUUUAGUAAUUUCAGUUAUGGAAACUGAGUCGGUCUUUCUUCUUCCUCUCUAAAGCGAACCCAGCCGUUGCAGAGCUAACUAAAACCCUAAACUUCAUCGACAAUGGAGGAACAAGUUCAAGCCAAUUGCGAACACAUCCUUAACCAAGCCGCCAAUAAUGUGUCCGAAAACACUCCCUCUCUCGUAGCCCUAUCUUCAGCAAGAUCACUAAUCGUCAACCCUUCGACCUCCGAACACACCAUCUCUUCAAUUUUCGAAACCCUAGCUCGCUCUCUCCAACCCCCCCACCACAACCCCCUCUCUCUCCACCACACCCUCUCUCUCCUCUCCGACCUCGCCCUCCACCACCCCCACCUUUCUCACCGCAUCUUCAACACCGUUCGCUCUUCCUCUCUCCUCUGCGAACACAUUCCCACUCGCACCAUUGCCCAAGCUCUCUCCGUUCUCAUCUCAAUCGCCGAGUCUGACCAAACCCUACUUCCUUCAAUCAGUGAGGGUUUCUUUGUUUCUCUUUGCUUUCGGCCCUGCGUGUCUGUUCGGCAUUGGUUGCUGUUGAACGCCGAGAGGUUGAAUGUUCCGCCGCAGUUUUUGCUCACAUUGUUUCUAGGGUUUACGAAGGAUCCGUAUCCGUAUGUGAGGAGAGUUGCUUUGGAUGGAUUAGUUGGUUUGUGUAAGUCCAUUCUUGUUGAGAACCAUGGUUUGAUUGAGGGAUGUUAUUGCCGUGCUGUUGAGCUUUUAUCCGAUACGGAGGAUUGCGUAAGGUGUGCUGCAGUUUGCGUGGUUUCUGUGUGGGGACAAUUGCUUGUGGCGUCCAGUCAAGACAAAAAUAAGAGAGAUUGGUCAGAUGCAUUGUUUCUCCAGCUCUGUUCUAUGGUAAGAGACAUGAGUUUGGAGGUCAGGGUCAAAGCUUUCGAUGCCCUUGGGCUGAUAGAAAUGGUGUCUGAAAAUAUUCUGUUACAAACCCUAUCUAAGAAAGUCCUAGCAAUAACGAAAGAGAAUAAAGAUCUUAGACAGUACUCUGCGAAGCUGUUUGAAUUACCGUUAUCCAGUGCUGCUGGAGCUUUCAUACAUGGGCUGGAGGAUGAAUUCUAUGAGGUACGAAGGUCAGCCUGUCAUUCCUUGCGAACACUCACCAUCCUUUCUGCCGAUUUUGCUGGUGAAGCCUUAAAUAUAGUAAUUGAUGUGCUUAAUGAUGAUUCAUUAGCUGUCCGUGCAGAAGCAUUGGAAACAAUGCAUCAUAUGGCAAUUUAUAACCUCUUGAAGGUGCAAGAAACACACAUGCCCAUGUUCCUUGGCACUUUAUUUGACAAUAAUGCCUUAGUAAGAUCUGCAGUACGGAGAGUACUUCGAUCAAUGAAGCUACAAGAUUUAGCGAUUUUUAAAUUAUCUGUUUAUGGCCUUCUAGAGAAUUUGGAAAUGUAUCCACAGGAUGAAGCCGAUGUAUUUUCUGUUUUGUUUAGUACUGGUAGACAUCAUGGUAGCUUUGCUGUCAGCAUUAUAGAGGAGGUUUAUGAUGAGAUAGGGCCUUCUUGUGAAGGCAAGUUAGGAUUUGAUAGUGCAAGAGUAGCUGCAUUGCUAGUUCUGGGCAUCUCCGUUCCACUCUCGAGUGAUCAGCAUAUUUGCAGUAUUCCACCUAUACUAUUUUCUUAUGCAGUUACACUGUUAGGGAGGAUCUCUCGUGCUUUAUGUGAUGUUGUGGACCAGAAUACCCUUUUGGCUUAUUUGUCUCAUUGCAGUAGAAGCAAAGAUUUUUCUGCUGCAGAAUUUUACUUCAAAGAGGAAGAGCCAUUCUUGCAUGUGGUUGAAAGUGGUGUUGGUAAUAAUACCGAUGCUGCAAUAGUUAGUCCUGCUGGGAUUCAUUUGCAGCAAUUAGGGGAAGGGGCCUCAGAAAUUCAUUAUUGGAAAACAUGGAAACCAAGAAAUAUAGCAACUUCACCUGUAGAUUACCAGUUGGAAAAUCAUGAAGUAACAAAGUCUGUGAAGUUUAUCUUUUCAAAGGUCGAAGAUCUGUGGCAGUUGAUACAAUUUGGAUACACUGAUGAAGUACUAAAGAUGUUGAGGAGUUGGAAGGAGGAGUUGGCCACAUUUACCGUUGGCCCAUUUGCCAGCGCAGUAUUUUUUACAUUACAAUAUCUACGGUUCAUGAAACAGCUUGCGAGGACAUGGGUGCACUUUGUGUUUCCAAGAAAGCACUGCUCCCAUGGAAUAGGAGAUUUGGCCCUUGUUUUGGCAAAACUAGACAGGAGCCUUAAAGAAAUGAAGUAUAGGUUCAUUGGGUUGAGUAAAGAAGAGGAGUUGCAUGUGUUGGAACUGAUACUUCUAUAUUGUACACUGAGACUAUCUAGUGUUGAAGCCUGCUUCAAUGGUACUGCUUUGAAGAAACUGUAUUCUACAAUUUCGCAGGUAGAAUUUCUCCAUGGAGAAGGAUCUGUCGAACCUUCCAAUUUUGUGAUUGAGCUCAAGAAAUUGUUGUGUGAUUUUGGUACCCUUACCGAUGGGUCUUCCCACAGUCCACUUCUGUUUCAGAAGUUAGCUGGGGUUUUUUCUCUGAAUCAGUUUGUGUUAUGUGGAAAAUUCAAGCAUAUAAAGGCAGAAUUGAAUAUUCAUGAUAAUGACAUUGAAAAUCCAUUUCCUUUCAUUUCAGGACUACCCGUUGGCAUACCUUUAGAGAUCACUUUGUAUAAUAUAUUGAGUGAGAAUCGGUUGUGGUUGAGAAUGACUGUGUGUGAGGAGUUAACUGAAUUUACUUUUCUGGAUUUGGACCAAUUUGGAGGUUGUGAUAAAAUCAGGAAAUUUACAUAUGUUGCGCCCUUCUACAAAACCCCGAAAGUAAGUUCUUUUGCUUUGAGAGUUUGUGUAGGUUUGGAAUGCUCAUCCGAGGAUGAUGUGGGUUUGUUUAAUGGCUGUUGGGGGCCAAAAUGUGAGCUGACGUAUCUUUGCAAGGAAAAAGAAGUCUAUCUUUCUGUGGCUGUUAAAUAGUAAGUGUCACUUUUAUGUUGCUUGGAUAGACAGAGUGCAAUGAAAAGAAACACGUGCUUUUACCACUUAAAUGAAGGGUGAUAAAACCAUGUUUUAUCCUGAGAGGGGGUCUAUAUCAGCCAAUAAUGGCUUCUUGGACUAAAAAUAUUCUUGCUUUGUGUAUGGGCAACAGAGAGGAAUUUUUAGUGAUGACUGAUAUUAUUUCGUCAGUUGGAGUUCAAGUUGCCAGUUGGAGUUCAAGUUGCCGGUUCUUUCUUUCCAGAAUGAUGAUGUUUAAAAAAUAAGCGCAGCAGUAACUUCUCAUUGUCUGAAAAUUGUCGUUCGCAAAGUUUUAGUGAGACCUUGAAGGGCUUGGAGACUUUUGCAUCAAUUGCAUAUCUGCUGUUUAAUUCUUCAAUGGGUAAGUGUAGGGGACAAUUAUUACUUUUUCGGAGUGUUUUAAUUAAUUUGAUAUUAUGUGGUCCCUGCAUUUUCAUAUUGGUAGGUUGGCUCACCCCAAAGGUUAGAACAGCAUUGCAGCAGCUUCUUGUGAGGAACUGACAUAAAAUUUAUUUAUUUAUUUAUUCUUCAUUCUCCACAAUCCAUUCAGAAGUGCUCAGUUUAUUUCUUAAAAUUGUAGUGUUGAAAUUUAUUUGAUUUGAUGUCAUCUACUAAUUUCUUUUUAUGAUGGUGCUGUGUUUUAAAGGACGCUGAAAAAGUCUUGCCACAUAAGCAGAAGUCUUGUGCUACACAACUUAUUUGUAUUCACGUCAUCAUAUAGCAGAAGCAUCUGUUAUGAUUUUUGUGAUCAAGAAUGUUGCUUGGGCCUCCAGAUUGGCUGCAUUCUGGGUUCAGACUUGGUUUAUAUUGUUUUUACCUCCCAAGCUUGAUCUCUGUGCUAUGGAGAUCAGCUGAUAGAGCCGAUAAACUGGUGGUUAUCAUGUUAUGGUAGAUUCAUUGCCAAAACCCUUUUUGGUAACAGCUCCUGAGCAUCUUGCAUUCUUUUUGUCUUUUCUUUUUUUCCUUUCUUGCCUACCAAAAGUCGAACUCCCUACCAAAAAGCCGAAGAGCCCAGAAGAGGACCAGUUCAUCUUGCAUUUUAAGAUCAGAUGAGUUCUGUUUUUCUUUUUGUUCUACUUGUACAGCCUCAUUUUGGGCAAGCUAAAGGAACAAAAAAUGUAUGAUAUAAUUCUUGCAUAAACAAUAUUUUUUAUUAAUUUAUUUUUAUAGUUGUAUAAAAUUCAAUAAAUCUUGGAGAAGCCCAUCUUCAGGGCAGAAAGCUUGCAUUUGCAGUCUCUCAGAUUCAUAUACUGCUAUUAUUACUUGUAAAACUGUUUGCUAAAACCUUGGUAACAUUGUUUUCACCUGGGAGUUUUCUGUCAAUAAAUGAAUCAUUUAAUAGAACGCCAUAAAGUAGGCAUUUUUUUAAUUGAAAGAGGGGGGCCAAUGAAGGAAAUGAGCAUUAAUUUCAUCAAAAAAGCAAGAAAAGAAUAAAA